GGAAUGACUGCCAUUCUAUUAGAUUGGAUUAUAACUGCAGGUUGUGACGGCUCUAUGCAUAUCAGUAAACUAAGCUUCACCUGUAAAAUGAUUAUUAUUGAUAAACACAUUUGCAAUUUAUUCAAAUGUCCAAAGAGUUGAUUCAUAUAGGAUAUUCCAACAUGGUUUAACGAAAUAUUUAACUAAAUUUAAGUUUCUAGACAUAUAUAUUUUUCUUGUACUUGUUUUUUCUUGUACUGUACGUGUUUUAUUCCCAACGCGAAGGUUAAUGAGGAUAACAUUGAAUACAGAUUUAUCUCUAUACUCUCUAUCAGUGGAGAGGUUGCAUAUUCAGUAUACACUGCGUUUCUUGUUGUAUUGUUUGGGGAGACCAUGCUUUUGCCGCAAUGGUCGUUAACCUCUGAACGACCCCGUUCGGAGCCCACGCCUCAAACACUGUCGCAGGCAGUGCCAGACUGCGACCAGAAGAUGGCGCGCGACGACAAUCCAAGAGACGCAACCCGGGCCCCGCGAGCGCCCUGCCUAGGCGCAUACCCAGGCGCGCCUCCCUAACAUCCCACCAAGAUUUCCUAUUUGUGCACGAGUUUACUUCUGGAGGUCAUCAAGCAGGAUUUACGACUGGUCAACAAAAGCACGUGAUUCUCAGCAGUACCCCAUAUUUGGGCGCCUACGUAAGAGAGAAUCAAGUACAUGUUCUACUCAUUUCCAUAAUUCAUCAUAAAUUGUGCAAGGGUGCUAUAGAACGCGCAAAACCAUCAAGAGCCACAAAUCAAGUACACACGUUAUUACUUUCUCCACAAAAAAGCAACAAAUACCUGCUAAACAACAAUAUUGGAAUUAUCAACCAAUGAGCUCCUAUUUUGUAAACUCAUUCUGCGGUCGCUAUCCCAAUGGCGCGGAUUUCCAGUUACAUAAUUAUGGAGACCACAGCUCUGCAAACGAGCAAUACAGGGACCCCACGACCAUGCAUUCCAGCAGGUACGGUUAUGGCUACAACGGGAUGGACCUCACUGUCAGUCGCGGUAACGGGCACUUUAUGGCCAGCGUGCGGGCACAGGGCUACUCCCCGAACCAGUCGGUGGCGACAACAACGUCCUCGGUCGAGACGCCCAGGUACACCCAGCCCGCGAGCGCCACCGAGACGACGUCCCUCUCGCCUCCACCUGACCCGCUCCCGUGCUCCUCCUCUGUCGCGAGCUGCUCGUCUCCGGUCAGCGAGUCUCAACCUCAACACCGAGACAUAAAGAACUCCAUAACGAGCCCCUGCACGACCCCGAGUUCGAAUGGAGGCACUCUGUUGAACCGGGUGUGUGUGUCCAAAGCGUCCCCCCUCCAGGAAGAGAAGCCCGCGGGAAGGGCGCAGACAACUUCCCAAAAUGUCACCGACGGUGCCCAGCCCCAUAUUUACCCCUGGAUGAGGAAACUGCACAUAAAUCAUGACAGUCUGACCGGACCAGAGGGAAAGAGGGCGAGGACAGCCUACACGCGUUACCAGACACUGGAGCUCGAGAAAGAGUUUCACUUCAACCGUUAUCUGACCCGCAGACGGAGGAUCGAGAUAGCGCACGCGCUCUGCCUAUCAGAACGCCAGAUCAAAAUCUGGUUCCAGAACCGGAGGAUGAAGUGGAAAAAGGACAACAAACUAAAUAGCAUGAGCAUGGCAGCGGCAGGGGGUAUAGGUUACAACCAUCCCUGAUAUUCGGUUCCCCGAUGAGCACUAAUAAAAUAAUACAAAGCUUGGGAAAACUUCCCAUCAUGUCAAAAGCCCAAGAGACUUUCCGAGGGCUUCUUAGGACAGUGAACAUCCACGUGUCCAUGCAAGCUCCAGCCAAUAAUUUCCUCUUUAUUUAUUUUAUUUUGACCAUGAUAAUGCUCUGGAUAAGAGCGUCUGCUAAAUGACUUAAAUGUAAAUGUAAAUGUAAUGCUUGUGUGAGUUUAAAAAAAACUUGCGUUCUGUAAAUGUUUGUCUUAAAGGAAAAACCAAUGGGAAAUACAUGUUUAACUUAUUUCUUGUUCAAAAUUGUAAAAACUUAAAGUUACCACAAAUAAGUCUAUUAACUAUCCAAUAAAAGUUGUGUAACAUAUUGCACUCAUAAAACAGUAUAGAAACUCAAAUAAAUAAUGACUUGAUAAGAAA